AUGAAAUUCAUGACCAUAACCGAUAGAGUAGGUCAGUUCGAGGCCAGAGUCAACACCCCAGCAGUCACAAGUCCGUCAAUCCACACAAGUAGGGUGCGACUCGAGCAGAUCAGGGCCCUAUGGGACAAGGUGGAGAAGGAAUACGAGGUGUGCUCCGAAGCUCUGUCCGGUCUGGGAUCCACAGACACAAUAACAGUCAUGCAGUCCAAGUAUGACUACUGUUAUGCCGUUUACGAGCGGUGCGCAGCGAGCCUCAACGAGAUCAUUGAAGAAGGUUCUCGCUCGCAACAGGCCGUUCAGGCCUCCAUUCCGGCGCCUCCUCAGGGAGGGUGUCGCUUACCCCCAGUCGAGUGCGACAGUUUCAGUGGGGACUAUGUUCACUGGCCCACGUUUCGGGAUCUUUUCUCAGCCAUCUACAUACACAACCCUCGGCUUUCAGAAGUUGAAAAGUUGUUCCAUCUCAAUGCUAAAACUAGUGGGCUCAACCUCACUGUUGCGGCUCAGCCCCGUAAGCGCUGUCAACUCAGCAUAGGUUCUCCGGUCAAGCCCCACAUCCAAAUUAAGACUUCUGCAUAUGUACUACCACAACUGGCCGGGAGUCUCCCAUCCUUUACUUUACCUGAGGACUCUUUAAAGCAUCUGCCGCCUUUGCAACUAGCAGACCCAAAUUUCUACCGGAGUUCGCAGAUCGACGUUCUGAUCGGUGCCGAUAUCCUGCCAUCGAUCAUUCUCAGCGGCUCCCAUCCCAAUAUCUGUGGCACGCUUCUUGGCCAGGAGACCAUAUUCGGAUGGAUUCUUUGCGUGAAGCGGGUUAGGGAAUCCACCUCGAUUUGCGAGGAAAACUUUGUCCAAUCUACCAAAAGGAACGAGGAUGGGAGGUCGAUCGCACUGGCUCAGUUCCUCCGAAACGAGAUUCGACUGAAUAAAGACGUUGUGUCAAAAAAGCAGUACGACUCAGUCAUUCAAGAGUAUUUAGAUUUAGGGCAUAUGCACCAAGUCUCUCCGGACGACUCUAAUAAUUUUUAUUUGCCCCAUCAUGCUGUCUUCAAACCAGACAGCACCACAACGAAGGUUCGCGUUGUGUUUAAUGCUUCCAAUCCUUCAUCAAACGGGAACAGCCUCAAUGAUAUCCUUCAUGCGGGGCCCGUACUGCAGUCCGAUCUUACUAUCCAGAUUCUAAAAUGGCGUUUCUUCAAGUAUGUGUUCAAUGCGGACAUCACAAAAAUGUACAGGCAAAUUCGGGUAAAUUCAACCCAUACGCGCUUUCAGAGAAUCCUCUUUCGCAAUAAGGAUGGAGAGCUCUGUGACUAUGAACUCGAUACAGUCACCUUCGGCGUAAACUGUGCGCCUUUCCUAGCCAUCCGCGUUCUACAACAGUUGGCUCAGGAUAUCCGAGGCCAAUAUCCUUUGGCAAGUGACAUCAUCUCGAACUUCAUGUACGUUGACGAUGUGCUCGCAGGCACUCACACUAAGCAGUCGGCAGUUUUAGCCAUCGAGGAGCUUCGGCUGGCUCUUGAGAGUGCUGGUUUUCCAUUACGGAAGUGGACCUCGAACGAAAGAAAACUCCUACAAGAGGUUCCAAAGGAGCACUUGAUUAGUGCAGACUUUCUGGAGCUUGAAGAGGCUAGUACGGCGAAAACUCUUGGGAUCCGUUGGCAAGCUACAUCCGAUAGUUUCUUUUUUAUUCCAAGGGUGAUCCACCUCCAAACUGCUUACACAAAACGAGAGGUUUUAUCUCAGAUAGCCAAACUGUUCGACCCAGCAGGAUGGCUAUCACCUUUCGUAGUCCGAGCCAAGAUUUUUAUGCAGAAAAUUUGGCUACGGGAGCUGGGCUGGGAUCAGCCACUCCCCAGGGAUCUCGCGACCCAGUGGCGGGAGUUCCUAGAAGGGUAUCCUGCCCUGAAGGAGAUUCGUAUUCCGAGAUGGGUACGUUUCCAUCCAGCUGCGAAACUUCAGUACCAUGCGUUUUGCGACGCGUCACAGGACGCCUAUGGGGCUGCUAUUUUCGUCCGAAUCGAAACGAAGGAAGGCUGUUGUACUCAUCUACUUACAUCCAAAACCCGAGUCGCUCCUGUCAGAUCCAUCUCCAUACCACGCUUGGAAUUGUGCGGAGCAGUGCUGCUCACGGAGCUGGCAGCUCUAGUAAUUUCUGAAAUGCCUCCUCAUGUUUAUGAGACCUUUUACUGGACCGACUCCACGAUCGUUCUUGCAUGGCUGAGUAAGCCAGCGUGCACCUGGACAACAUUCGUUGCCAACAGGGUCGCAAAAAUCGAACAGUGUACCGGCGGAAGCAAGUGGGGACAUGUACGAUCCGAAGACAAUCCAGCUGAUCUGGCAAGCCGGGGCGUCUCACCCCAAGAGCUGAAGGACAGCGCACUGUGGUGGCGUGGGCCAGCUUGGUUGCACCUCAAACAGGAGCAGUGGCCGAGUGAGUUGUUGGUCCAUCCGGAGACUGAGCUCGAGCAGCGCCCCGUCAAAUGCCACACGGUCGCAGUGCCCUCAGCAGUUGAAAUCCUAGAGAGGUUCUCAGCCUUUGACCGAGCUCUGCGAGUUCUUGCUUAUGUGUUUCGUUUUGUGAAAAGUUGCCGGAGGGAAGGUGUAGCCUUAUCGGCAGAACUCACUGCGGCGGAGUUGUCGGAGGUGCAGGAGCGGCUAAUUGUGCUCACUCAGAAGAAUGAGUUUCCCGCCGAAUAUAAGGUUUUGAGCAACAAGCAACCAGUUCCACCCGCAAGCGCAAUUUCGAACCUAAACCCCUUUCUUGACGGGAAUGGGGUCUUGAGAGCAAGCGGCAGGUUACAAGCAUCUGAAAUGCUUAGUUAUGAUGAAAAACAUCCGAUCAUCCUUCCUGCACGGUGUAGGUUCGCCGAACUUCAAGUCUUGUUUAUCCAUCGCAUAUCCUUGCAUGGGGGGAAUCAAUUAAUGAUCCGACUGAUCCGUUCCAAAUUCUGGAUUCCCAAGCUUAAAAUGUUGGUGAAACGAACAAUACAUUCGUGCCGAGUGUGUGUUAUUCACAAGAAGAGACUGCAGACGCAGUUGAUGGGGAAUUUGCCCCGUGCGAGGUCCACGUUUUCCAGACCGUUCACCCAUACGGGAGUGGACUUCGCAGGACCAUUUGACGUCAAGAGUUAUGUCGGUCGAGCCUGCAAAAUCACAAAGGGGUACGUGUGCGUUUUUGUGUGUUUUACUACCCGGGCUAUCCACCUCGAAGCGACCUCGGACUUGACUACAGAGAAGUUCCUGGCCGCAUUCUCCCGUUUUUUCGCUCGGCGUGGGUGUCCACAACACGUCUACUCUGACAACGGGAAAACGUUUGUCGGAGCUUCCACGUCCUUAUCAAAGGAUUUCAUUGAAGCUACCAGAACAUCGGUUUUAUCGCAGCACAGUCUUCAGAAUGUGUCCUGGCAUUUCAACCCUCCUGGCGCACCUCAUAUGGGUGGGCUUUGGGAGGCAGGUGUGAAGAGCUUCAAGUCGCAUUUUUACAAGUACACAGCCGCUGGGAAAUACACGUUCGAGGAACUGACUACCCUCCUGGCGAAGAUUGAGGCCUGUUUGAACUCCAGGCCCAUCUCGCCAAUGUCCGAAGAUCCCACGGACCUUAUCGCUCUGAGCCCUGGGCAUUUUCUAAUCGGUGGACCAUUACUUGCGGUAGCAGAACCUGAGGUUAAAGAAGGUCCCAGCUCCAUUAUCAAUCGGUGGCGGAGGUUGAAAGCCCUGAAUCAGCAGUUCUGCCUGCGUUGGAAGGAGGAAUACCUAAAGGAACUCCACAAAAGGAAUAAAUGGAAGUUCCCAACGCGAGAUCUCCAGGCUGGAGACAUGGUGGUGAUCAAAGAGGAGAACUUGCCAUCCAACGAGUGGCGACUUGGGCGUAUCCAAGUGGUCUGUCCCGGCGUGGACGGCAAGGUCAGAGUGGCAGACGUGCUCACAGCACGGGGGGUCGUCCGGAGACCAGUGGCAAAAAUGAUCCGCCUUCCAAUGGACAGCCCGAAUGAGUCGAAAGACUCCUCCAUACUUUAA